CUCAUCACCAAAACGCUGUCAAACUCAGCCCACCAAAAGCAGUAAACAGGAAUGCUAGUCGUUAGGAGAAAUUGUUUGAUCGGUCGUUUGCGUUGUUUUGUAUAGACGCUGUUUGCAAUGGAAGAAGACAUACUGACAACGUUGAAAAUACUAAUCAUCGGAGAAAGUGGUGUAGGAAAGUCAAGCCUUCUCUUAAGAUUCACAGAUGACACAUUUGACCCAGAGCAAACAGCCACAAUAGGUGUUGACUUCAAAGUGAAGACCAUCAGUGUAGAUGGUAAUAAGGCAAAACUGGCAAUAUGGGACACUGCUGGUCAGGAGCGUUUUAGAACUCUAACACCCAGUUAUUACCGUGGUGCACAGGGUGUCAUCCUAGUGUACGAUGUGACACGGCGAGAAACCUUUACCAAGCUGGAAAACUGGCUCAAUGAGCUGGAGACCUAUUGCACAAGGAAUGAUCUUGUCAAAAUGCUUGUUGGAAACAAAAUAGAUAAGGAAAACCACGAGCUCGACAGGGCCGAAGGGUUGAAGUUUGCAAGAAAACAUUCCAUGCUUUUUAUAGAGGCCAGCGCAAAGACUCGCAAUGGCGUUCAGUGUGCGUUUGAAGAGCUGGUGGAAAAGAUCAUACAGAGUCCAGGAUUAUGGCAGAGUGAGAGCCACGGCAGAGCAGUGCAACUCACCGAUGAGGACGCGGGAGGCGGCAGCUGCGGUGGAUAUUGCUCGCUGCUCUAGACAAGCGCGACGUACAAAGCAUUUUUCCAACAUACAGGUGUUAACACACAACGCACACUGACACAAACCUCUGCUUCCGUCCUCUUCCUCCUCCUCCCGUCACUUGUUGUGUAGUUGCGAGCUUUUUACCCAGACUGUGGGCUGGACCAUCCACUUUGCCUGUGUUCACACAGGUGUUACUGUUUGCACAUGUUCUUUCUAAAGGUGCGCUUGAAAUACAAAAGUCACUAGGCCCUGAUCGGAACAACACAAUAUUUGUGACAUCUUGCCUCUUUUUAAAUUGGCGUUAGUAGAGUUGCAGGAUUUGAGGAUAAAUCACGAUUUGUCAGUUUACUCUCUGCAAGUCAUUUUUCUUUAAAAGAGGCAAGUGAUGAAUCAAACCAAAGUGUGUAAAAAUAUAGUUCCUAAGUGAAAUUAUACGACUAAGUGUAUUUUUUUGUUGUUGUUGUUGAAGGAAUAUCUUGCUUUAGCAGGCUCUUGUAUUUAUCAAAGCAGGUACAGGAUGUUUGUUAAGCGAACAAAAGUCUUGGGACAACAUGCCGUUACCCUUACACGAAGUGAAUAUAGGAAAUGACCGUCUUUUCUAAAAUAGUUUCUAAUCUUGUCAUUGAUGGAUCCAGAGCUUUUUGAGUGUUUUUUACAUCCAACUCAUCCAAUCUGUAAGACCUUACUUUGUGCCCUGGAGGAUGGUCAUGCUGGAAUUUAAAUAGACUGCCUCUAAACACAAAAUUGAACGUUUAAGAUUGUUCAAAAAGUCUUUGUAAACUGGCAAUAUGAGAUCAAGCUAGUCAACAGUCUAAGAUACACUGCUGGCCAAAAGUAUUGGCACCCCUGUAAUUCUGUCAGGUAAUGCUCAAUUUCUCCCAGAAAAUUAUUGCAAUUACAAAUGCUUUGGUAGCAAUAUCUUCAUUUAUUUUGCUUGCAAUGAAAACACACAAAAUAGAAUGGGGGAAAAAAUUUAAUCAUUUUCAUUAUCAUUAUUUCAUUUCAUUAUUAUUCAUUAUCACACAAAAUUCUAAAAAUGGGCCGGACAAAUGUAUUGGCACCCUUUGAAAAAUCAUGUGAUGCUUCUCUAAUUUGUGUAAUUAACAGCACCUGUUCCUUACCUGUGGCCCAUAACAGGUGGUGGCAUAACUAAAUCACACUUGCAGCCAGUAAAAUGGAUUAAAAUUGACCCAACUGCUGUCCUCUGCCCUUGUGUGUACCACAUUGAACAUGGAGAAAAGAAAAGCAAAAUUGUGAGGAAGCAUGGACAAUCUCAAGGCUACAAGUCCAUCUCCAAAGACCUAAAUGUUCCUGUGUCUACCAUGCGCAGUGUCAUCAAUAAGUGUAAAGCCCAUGGCACUGUGGCCAACCACCCUAGAUGUAGACGGAAAAGAAAAAUUGACGAGAGAUUUCAACGAAAGAUUGUGGAGAAAGAAUCUCGACUAACAUCCAAACAAGUUCAAGCUGUCCUGCAGUCCGAGGGUACAACAGUGUCAACCUGUACCAUCCGACGGCGUCUGAAUGAAAAGGGACUCUAUGGAAGACCCCACUUCUGACCCAGACACAUAAAAAAGCCAGGCUGGAGUUUGCCAAAACUUACUUGAGAAAGCCAAAAACGUUUUGGAAGAAUGUUCUCUGGUCCGAUGAGACAAAAGUAGAGCUUUUUGGGAAAAGGCUUGAACAUAGUUUACAGGGGAAAAAAAACAAGGCCUUCAAAGAAAAGAACACGGUCCCCACAGUCAAACAUAGCGGAGGUUCCCUGAUGUUUUGGGGUUGCUUUGCUGCCUCUGGCACUGGACGGCACCCUUCAAAUCUCAGAGACCUGGAGCAGUUGGCCAAAGAAGAAUCGUCUAAAAUUCUAGCAGAGCAUUGUAACAAACUCGUUGAUGGAUACCGGAAGCAGUUUUUCGCAGUUAUUUUGUCUAAAGGUGGUGCUACCAGUUAGGCUGAGGGUGCCAAUAUUUUUGUCUGGCCCAUUUUUGGAGUUUUGUGUAAAAUGAUAAUGAUUGAAUUUUUUUUCAUUUUCUUUUGUGUUUUUUCAUUGCAAGCAAAAUAAAUGAAGAUAUUCCUACCAAAGCAUUUGGAAUUGCAAUCAUUUUCUGGGAAAAAUUGAGCAUUAUCUGACAGAUUUGCAGGGGUGACAAUACUUUUGGCCAGCAGUGUAUGUUUAGUUGACAAAGAGAGAUGUUCCGAGACUUUUGUCCUGAGUGUUUAUACGUAUAAUAUAGGUACACCACAUUUUGCGUAUUUAGGUGUUCUGCAAUGCCAAACCAUCUUGAAGUCACUCCUAACACUAACGGCUUGGAUCCCAUCCACACAACUGCCUCAUUUGCUAUGAGUAUAAUAGACUUAGCAAGUGUUUUGGAUGACAUUUACCCACUUUUAUUGACGUUGACUUCCAAGCUCUGGCGUGUUUUUUUUUUUUUUUUUUUUGACACAAGUGGAUGAAUCAAAUGGAUCAGCACCAGCUAAAAGCUUUCCACCCAACACCGAAGACGGGAACCCUCUAGCCAAUGUGGCACUUCAAUCGAGUGCGAGACACUCUGGCGCUCCAUCAUUGAGACAGAUAAUAUCAGUGAUAUCACUAACAGCUCUGCAUUCUGUCAUGAUGAAAAAAAAAAGUGUUCAAUAUUAAACAGUUCAGCAAGUGUUGCCUAAAUUUUAAGUAAAAAAAGGCUCAGUGCCCUGCAUUGCUAAUGGGUUUAACAGUAGUCCUGAUGUUGAAUCUGGGAAAUGCAUGGUAGUUUUGAGUGUAUGAUCUUUAAUACAGGGAUUGUGAAAAAUGACAUGGAUAGCCUUCGUCAGUGUCUAAUCACAAAUGGGAUUUUUUUUUGUACUUGCAUGUGUAACUGCCUUGCCAUUUUUGUACAGGACUGUCUUUUUUGCUCAUUUAGAUUUAGCUGAAAGUAAAACAGGUUUUAGCAGCUGAGUGCUAUAGAACAUAAAAUUAUAUUAUUGUUAUUGAUUCAUAGUGUUAUGUCUGCCAUUUUUUCUUUUUAAAAGAUAUAAAACAUUCAUUGUGUACAUUAUGUGUAGUUUAGCAAUUUCAUAAGUUGUAAAGCUGAAUGUAUCAUUGUCACUACAGACUGCCCUAUCUAUUAAAAAAAAUACUUAAGGUUUUUUCUUUUUUUUUUUUUUUUUUUUUUUUUUUUUUUGUAAAGUGAAAAUGUUGCUGUUACUACACACACUUUUGGCGCUGUUGAUGCAAUAAACUAAAAUGAAAAGGAAAAAUUCUCAUUUCUGUGAUGUUGUGGUCUUCUGUAGAGAUGAGUAAUAACACUGCUGUCACGGUUGCCAUGUUGGAAAUGUCACUGUUAGGUGAGGGGUUUUUCAGUCGGCACCCUUCACAUUCCGCUGCCUUCAGAAUAAAGAUGUGUGUUUGAACAGUGUCGGAGGAAGCUUCAGACCCCAGACGUGUGAUCGAACUAAAUCAUAUUUUUUGGCAGAUUUCUCAGGGGAACAACCACAGCCAUAACUCACCCUACCAACGCUUUAACUGGGAUGUGCAUAAUUCCUGGGCGAUUAUGAAAGGCUUAGGGCUGGCAGCAUGAGCGAGGACGCUUGUAGCGUGUUCCUCAUCUCCUGCCACAGUGCAGGCCGCCGUCUGGAAAUAUGUCUCAGUCAAACAUUAACUGAGGCCUUCAUGUGGUGCGACAGUGUGCUGCGCUGUGAGUGCUGCCAUUUCCUCGUACCUACAUCGGAAAAACAUCAGCUAGUAAGGCAGAUCCUGAGAUGACAGAUGCUCUAUUCCUGUGAUUCUUAGAGGCGGGGUCUAAACUUCCCCAAAAUAGUAAAAAGGCCAUGACAAUUUCUAUAAUCGCCAACGACUGCUCACUGUGAAAACAGUCCUAAACUAGAACUUCACCCAUAAUGAAACAUGCCUCUGCUGAGUUCGAACAUUUGUCAAAAGUCGGAACAAAACAAUGCACCUUUUGUUGCCCAAAACUUGUGUACUGCAUGUCAUUAGUAAGCCUAUUUAGUUCUUGGUUUAGAGUUGCCAGUUAUGAUUUAAUUGCUUUAAAUUUCCUCUACUAGUCACUGUGGCUGAUUGUCACUUUGGUCCACACUGCCUAUUUGGAAUGUAAACGAGUCUAACUGGUCUGAGUAAAUGGUCACUAUAUGAAUAGCAUGCAUCUUAUUGUGUAUACAUUUUUGUCAAUGUAAGAGGAUCCUCCCACCAGAAUGGGAGUCUUCCUCGCCCUAUACCCAAGUUGUGUGAAGUUGUUGGGCUAAUUCUAACUGGUACUCAAGCUAUGUCACUGUACUCAGUUUAUGGGAGUCAUUAAAGGUCAAAUUUUGUCAAAAUUCAGGCCUUAAAAAGCAUUAAACAAUGUUCUAGGCAUGAAAAAUUAUAUAAGCUUGAUGGUAGGGGUGUCCCGAUCGCAUAUUUUUGCACCCGCGUCUGAGGCACCUGAUUUUAAGAGUGUGCCGAUACCGACGCCGGAUUCAAUACGGAAUUUUUUUUUUUUUUUUUUGGCUUUGACGCUCACGCUGCCGAGAACAGCCUCUUCUAGGAGUCCCGAUCCGAUACCGGAAAAAAAGUUUUAAACAUGUUUCUGUCCCACCGUGCCGCAUUCAUAACAUGAAUAAUUUUUCAACUAGAAUAACAUAGAAAAAUACUUGUCUUUAUUAAAUUCUUCAUUGAGUGAGUCCACUCAAAUCCACUCAUGCUUUGAUGCUCACGCCGCGAUGAGUUGCCACAGCACACUGCAGCUAGUGUUUAACAGACUAAACGAUGAUUGACACAUUUUGGCCUUUGAUGAUAGAGCUACCAAGCUUUGCUGGUGAGAUCAAAGCAAUAAACCUGUCAAUCAUGGUUAACUGGCUAACAGCUAACUCCAGGGCACUUCUGACCAAGAAAAGCAGCAGCAGGGAGAGAGAGACACUACGAGCAUGAAGCAGAUGAACAUUAAAAACCCGAUCCUUUUCACCCCCGAUUGGCAGUAUGGCACUUACACUUGAUUAAAAAAAACAUUUGCGCCAAAUUGAUUUCAUCAGUAUAGUGGUGCAAUAUAGGAACUUUUCCACAACUUCAGUUGAAGUUGUGCUCUUAUUUUUCACAGAAUGUUUAUUUUAUUUGGGAAACGUUGUGACAUUAUUAAAGCCUCCAGUGGGGCAUCACAAUUCAAUUAGCCAUAAUAUGUUUAGUCCACGACCGCAUAUACGUAUCGGUGUCUGUUUGAUAUCUGUAUCGGAUAUUUGGAAUUUGAUAAUAACGGGAUAUCGGUUAAAAAGUCAUUAUCGGACAACUCACAUUUUAUGUGUGUAAAGCUACAGUGGGGCAAGUAAGUAUUUAGUCAACCACAAAUUGUGCAAUUUCUCCCACUUGAAAAUAAUAGAGAGGCCUGUAAUUGUUAACAUGGGUAAACCUCAACCAUGAGAGACAGAGUGUGUGAAAAAAAAAAACAGAAAAUCACAUUGUUUGAUUUUUAAAGAAUUUAUUUGCAAAUCAUGGUGGAAAAUAAGUAUUUGGUCAAUACCAAAAGUUCAUCUCAAUACUUACGUACCGUUUGUUGGCAAUAACAGAGGCCAAAUGUUUUCUGUAACUCUUCACAAGGUUUUCACACACUGUUGCUGGUAUUUUGGCCCAUUCCUCCAUGCAGAUCUCCUCUAGAGCAGUGAUGUUUUGGGGCUGUCGUUGGGCAACACGGACUUUCAACUCCCUCCACAGAUUUUCUAUGGGGUUGAGAUCUAGAGACCGACUUGGCCACUCCAGGACCUUGAAAUGCUUAUUACAAAGCCACUCCUUUGUUGCCCUGGCUGUGUGUUUGGGAUCAUUGUCAUGCUGAAAGACCCGGCCAUGUCUCAUCUUCAAUGCCCUUGCUGAUGGAAGGGGAUUUUCACUCAAAAUCUCUCGGUACAUGGCCCUAUUCAUUCUUUCCUUUACACAGAUUAGUCGUCCUGGUCCCUUUGCAGAAAAACAGCCCCAAAGCAUGAUGUUUCCACCCCCAUGCUUCACAGUGGGUAUGGUGUUCUUCGGAUGCAAUUCAGUAUUCUUUCUCCUGCAAACACGAGAACCUGUGUUUCUAGCAAAAAGUUCUAUUUUGGUUUCAUCUGACCAUAACACAUUCUCCCAGUCCUCUUCUGGAUCAUGCAAAUGCUCUCUAGCGAACCGCAGACGAGCCUGGACAUGUACUUUCUUCAGCAGGGGGGAAACGUCUGGCAGUGCAGGGUUUGAGACC